AUGUCUAUCACGUUUAUUUCAGGUAUUUAGCACAGGCGAAUACCUCCGUUUUGUUUUGCGCACUGUGUGCAUCAUAAUUAUGAUGGUUCAUAAAGCUUUAAAGCACAUAUCACCCACUUUUUUAUUUAAUUAAUGGAAAGUAGAAUAUAUCCGUUUUGUAUUGAUUUUCGUAUUUUUCUUAGGCUUCAAACAGCAAAAUAGUGCAUAUUUUCGCACCAAUUAACUUUUGGCUGAGCGAAAUGAUUUUCUCAAGAGAUUGGGCCGAGUGACAUUGCAGGAGUGACUCGUGUUUGCAAUAAUUUACAUCUACACCGCAAUUCUCCGUUAUUCAAAUUAUCUGGCUUUUUGCACAAGAAUAUGCCCAAUAGAUGUGUUGUGUAGCUGGUAAUUGAUCGAACGUUCCUGAUCUUUCCAGGAAUAUUGGAACACAAUCUGGAGAACAAUAGACAGAGACUUUGGGUAGCUUUUGUGUGGACAAGAUGUGCAAAGUGGUCGCCAACUGCUACCUCCCGGCUUUGUUCACAGUACUUUAACGCUGAUGAUUUCGAAAGCCCAUUUACAAGGAUUCUAGGAACGGAUUUCGUAAGUCCAGCAGGGUUGAAAAAGCAUGCUGUUCCUUCUAUACACCACCAGAAGGAUCCUGAACCUGAGAUGGCUGAUUCGCGGUCAACUAGGAAGCAUCGCAGUGUAAGUGCAAAUAUGUACUGUAUAUACUGUUCAUUGGUAAUAUUGUCACGUUUUUAAAUGGACUCACUUUCUCACAGAUAUACGUCAUUUUCGUUUGAAUAGGUUAUAAGGGGAUUGCUAAAAGAAAAAGAGGCCAAAAGCAGCGAGGAAACCGAGAAAGAAAUAUCAACAACAUCACUUGAAAAUGUUGCAUUUGUGUCAGAGCCUGAUUUAGCAGUUGACUUCAUUCAUCAUGUGGAACAAUCUUCCACUGUAAGUCAAAAUAUUUAUGUAUUUAUUCCAAUCAAUCAACCAAUUGAUCUCACAAAUAUAUAAAUUAUUUUUUUAGAUGCAAGAUGCUUCCAGUCAAACACCCGAGUGUCUGGGUUGCAAAAAAUUAUCAAGUCAAAAUCACCAGCUCUGCAACAAGAUCAUUGAUCUCCAAGUGAAGAUACAGGACCAAGAAACUGAAAUUCAGCAACAAAAAGGUAAAAUUAAUUUUGUUUUCACUAGCUAGUAAGUUCUCAGAAAUAUUCAUAUUGUUAUUGAUGCUUGCUUCCUCACUCUCAGAGGUGGGUAUCCCUACCCCAGAUAAAAUCAACUGAUCAUUACCUGUUCUAUUUCUAUUUUUAUUCUUUUACAGUUUUUUAUUUUAAAUAAUAUUAUAUACAUUUAAUAUCAAUGCUCUAAAUGUGACAUAUUUCAUUACAGAGAGUCUAGAUACAAGUAUGAACAGGAUAACCUCUAUGGAAAAGAUCAUUGUCGACAAUGAGAGCAUCCUAAGCAGUGAUGAAGAAAUGGAAAGUGAAGAGGAGCCUCAUUUUUUUUAAGCUUCUUUGCAACCUAUUCCCAGAUACAGAAUCCAAUAAAGAUUUGUGUGAAUCAGAGUUGUCUUCAGAUGAUGAAGAAUUUGAAGAAACACAACAUACAAAGUAAGUGGUCCAUAUGGAUGAACUGAGUUAGGGAUUCAUGUGCACAAUUUAAUGCUCGCCCUUUUAUGUUUGUACAACAUCUAUAGCAUAUUAAUGACUUAAACAAGCAUUUUACAAGUCCAAAGAUACUGUAUUACCUUAUUGUAUAAGUACUGUCAAAAUGGGUACUGCAGUUAGAAAUUUUGAAGGUACUGUCCCAUAUACAGAACAUGUCUUGAAUUUUUUAACAAACAAAUAUUUUUUGUUUCUAUUGUUGCAGGGUAUCAACCAAUUCAGAAAAUGUACGAACAGAGCCAAAGUUCAUUGUUUUCCUCCCCCAACUACUGCUCCUGUUCAAGAUCUGCCCAACAUGCAAAUUUGAGAAGCCUUUUGUUGAGACAGGGUUGAGACAAGUGUGAUUGGUACCAUGGUUAAAGUUAAAAGGCAGUGCUUUAAUCCUCACUGUCCAUCGCCUGUCAAUACCUGGAAAAGUCAACCAACCAUGAUAGGAACAAAAAUGUCAGCAAUGAACUUCUUGCUGUGUUUUUCAGUCUUGGUGUCUGGUGCUUCCCCAUCAAAAACAUUUUUAGUCUUCAGGAACGUGGGUCUAUCAUGUAUUUCUUUGAAGACUUACUUUAAACGUCAAGCUGUAAGUACAUUAUUUUGUAACAGUUCACUCACAAAUUGAGUACCAUACCUUAGCAUCAUUCUAAGGAAUUUCAAACUGUAUUAUUUAGAAAUACUGUAUGUAGAACUCAAUCCUCCUCACUCCAGAGAAAUAUGCCCAGACGAUUAUAGAACAGUAGUUUGGAGAAAAACGUUUAUUGCUGAGUGCAUGAAAUGCCACUCCACACCCUGGAUUGUUCGAGAAUUUAAUGUCAUACCAUUCAUGUCUUUUCAGAAAAAACGUUUCCCAACAAACCAUUUGUAUUGGAAGAAAUACAAGCAAGAUACAGUAAGCAAGCUGAAAGCAACUGGGCAAAACUUGGUUAUUGCUGGUGAUGGUCGGCAUGUCAGCAUGGGUCAUAGCACAAAAUACUGUGCAUACACUUUAUGCACUUUUUGCAACAAAUUGCACAGUUUCACUUAUUGAUUUUUCUUUGAUUCAGGUAGGUUAAUCCAUUGACUGCCAGCACACUCUGAUUAUUAACAAGUAAAAUUGUCUUGCAUUCAACAUUGUAAAAUACUAAAGUACAGAACAGUAGGGUGGUCGCAGUGCAACUUGAUGGGUUACGACACACCAUUUUCUACCUUUUGGAGCAGUUGCUUUUUAAGACACUAUACAGUAUAUCCAAUAAUUUGCUGCACCCUACUUUAUUUUUAUUUUUCGAAUGCGAGAUGGUUUUAACAUCAAGUGUGUAGUCCUGUGUAUUAAGGGGGCAAGCUACCUCAUGCACUUGUAAAAAUUCGAAAUAACUUUUUUGUCUUAAAAGCUUCAUUAGUAUAUGUAAAAGUUUAAGAAAGCAAAAAUAUGUCUUUUAAGAGCGUUCCUUUCUCUCAAAAUUUCAUUUUUUUCAAAGGGUAGGCAACCAUCUUUCUCAUUGCCAUGGAAACGGAUUUGUGUUUGUUGUUUGUUAAGGCCCUGUAGCUUGGUUGUUUGUGCGUAGUUUGAAUUUUUUUUUGCUAAUUAUGUAAAUCCACAACCCAAGGGACUGGUAACGAUAUUCAGGCCUGGUGGCAUAGCCAUUUUAGGCCAAAAUUUCCUUCCUUGUUCGAGAACUUCGCUUUUAAGCUGAAAACACAUCAAAGAUUUAUAUUUUAUUGGUAUUAUAUGUUAUUUUGUUGGUUAUUGGUAACUGAAAGUUGUCUCUUAGAGACUACAGUUCUUUGCAAUGCAGAAACCCUCGAAAAAGAGGCGAUUUCAUGCCAAAGAUGGGAUGGUUCUGUACCUGUUUCAAAUUCAAGCAACAGCAAUCUUUCAUCUCCAUGUGCAUCUACACCAGCGAUUGAAACAGCUUCAAUGCGAAAGAUUACCAGUCAAAAUACUGAAAGAAGUGAAGAUGUCGAUGGUGCAUACAGCUAUAGACUGAUCGAAUUGUCAAAUUUAGUAAGUGCUUUUCAGCCUUUACACAAAUGUGAAUUUGGAGGAGAGUUGAAAGUUGGUGAUGAUGAGGCUUAUAAGUACGGAAAUAGCUCAGUUAUCAACAUAGAAUGCUCUAAAUGCAAAGUCAAGAUUGAGCUUCAAACGUCUGGAAACAACAGCCAGGCAUGGAAACCUCAAAAUGCCAUGGACACCAAUAGGCAAAUGGUUUACUCCUCAAUGGAAAUGGGAGUAGGAAGAGAGGGAAUGUCUGUGUUGUGCGACAUUUUCAAUAUGCCUCAUCCUUGCCAUCAUAAAGCUUGGGACAACCAUGUGGCUGCACUGUAUGAGGCACACAAACAAGCUGUUGCAGAACAGUUGCAGAAGGCAAGAGAUAAAGUUUUUGCACGCCAUAGUUCUGACGAAACAGAUGUUGCAGAGACCUUCUUUCUAAAACAAAUUAAGCCCCAAUCCAUAUUAAGUCCCUUCACUAGUAUGUGCCUUAUCUAAUAAUUUAUCUAUUCUCAGAUACUUGGAAGAGAUGUUAAAGAAAAAGUUGUAGUGGCCUUCCAGUAGUGUCUUACAAUCAGAACAAGCACUCUGAUGUGCACCAAUAUUUGGACUAUGUGCAGGACUUCCUUGCUGACAUAUACAAGACCGAUGAAGAUGAAACCUUGGACAGUCCUUCAAAUCAUAUAGACGCAUUGGCUGAAGUUGAUAAAAGAGAACAAAAUCUUAAAGGUAUUGAGCUACCCCUGUGUGGUGAUUUGCUUGGACGGGAAAGGGUAUCUGGAGCAAUGACACAUGAUUGGGCUGUGACUAUACCGCCGAAAG